GCUGGGCGCAGGGGCGGGGCGCGUGCCCCAGAGGCGAUCGCCCGGGCUCGGCCGCAGCAUCCUAGUUGGGGAGCCCCUUGCAGCGGGCCCGGGAGCCCUAAAAACCCCGCGCACCCAGAGCCCCGCGCUUCCCGGGCCGUAGAUCUCUGGCGCAAUGGCCGGGCUAUGCGUCCUGCUGUGCCUCGGGGCGCUUCUGGCCCGCCAGGGCUCCGCAGACCUAGGUGCUGUGGCCAUCGUCGAGGUUCAUGAGAACGUCACUCUACACUGUGGCAACGUGACAGGACCCAGGGGCCCCGUGACCUGGUACCGGAACGACUCAGAGCCCGUCUUCCUGCUGUCCUCCAAUUCUAGCCUCCCUCCAGCCUCGCCGCGCUUCUCUCUAGAGGACGCGGGUGCCCUGCACGUGGAGGCACUGAGCCUGGAGGAUGACGGCAACUACACCUGCCAGGAGGUUCUGAAUGAGACCCGCCGGUUCCCUGUGUGGCUGCGGGUGGCCAGCGGCCCCGAUCAGAUUGUGGUGAACAUCUCAGCCACGGGUGCCCUCCCCAAUGGCACCUUGUAUGCAGCCAAGGGCUCCCAGGUGGACUUCAGCUGCCGCAGCGCCUCCCGACCUCCACCCGAGGUGGAGUGGUGCUUCCAGGCCCACAUCUCGGAGGUCUUCGGAAGGAACCUGACGGCCAACAGCUUCACGCUGCUGCAGAUGUCCCAGAACCUCCAAGGCAACUAUACCUGCUCGGCCACCAACGCGCUCAGCGGCAGACAGCGAAAGGUGACCACCGAGCUCCUGGUCUACUGGCCCCCUCCGUCAGCUCCUCAGUGCUCAGCGGAGGUGUCUUCAGAAUCGGCUACCCUGGAACUCACCUGUAAUUGGGAUGGGGGCUACCCUGACCCGACCUUCCUGUGGACGGAAGAACCGGGAGGGGUGGUCGUGGGGGAUUCAAAGCUGCAGCCGCUGAGCCCAUCCCAGCUGUCCGAGGGCAAGAAGUUCAAAUGCGUUGGGAGCCACAUAGUGGGACCAGCGUCGGAAGCCAGCUGUGUGGUACAGAUCUCGAGCCCCUCACUUGCUUCUCAGCCUAUGAAAACUUGCCUCAUGGGGGGCAACGUGACGCUCACCUGCCAAGUGACAGGCGCCAACCCACCUGCCAAGAUCCAGUGGCUGAGGAACCUCACACAGCCAGAGGUGGCCAUCCAGCCCAGCGGUCACUAUCACAUUACCCAGCAUGGCCAGGGCUCCUCCCUCACCAUCUACAACUGCUCCCAGGACCUGGAUGAGGGCUUCUACUUCUGCCGGGCCGAGAACCUCGUGGGGGUGAGGGCGGUAGACAUCUGGCUGAGUGUGAAAGAACCUCUGAAUGUCGGGGGCAUCGUGGCGACGGUGGUGAGCUUCCUCCUGCUGGGACUGGCCGUUGUCGCAGGGCUUAUGCUGUAUUACAGUCCUGUGUUCUGCUGGAAAGGGAGCACUUUCAGGGGGCAGAACAUGGGUGACGUCAUGGUUUUGGUGGAUUCCGAAGGGGAAGACGAGGAGGAAGAGGAGGAGGGCAGGGAAGAUAUUGAGGAGGAAGAACAGGAGACAAAUGAGAGAGAGGAGUUGCCGAAAGAGACAUCCAAGCAUGGACACAUCCACAGAGUGACUGCACUGGUCAAUGGGAACUUAGACCGCAUGGGGAACGGACUUCAGGAGCUGCAUGAUGACGGUGAUGCCGAGCUAAGUGACAGUGUUCACGAGGAAGACAAGCCCGUUUGAUGAAGAUAUCCAGUCAAUGGGUCUGGCAAGUUCAUUCCAUUUUGACUGCCCUCUCCCUGCCACCUGGGAGCUUGCACUGUGACCGCUGGGCUUUCCCAGCACAGGUGGUCAUCUCUCCUCCCAUCUUCUCCCACUGACUUCAUUCGAUGUGAGUUACCUCGGCCCGCUGUGUGGAAUGCACUGGGAAGA